CUGUUUGAAACGGACAGAAUUGGAGGUUAUCGCUUGUGUAUGGCAGAAUUGUACCCUGAUAACGCAAGUCUAUACGGAUGAAAGCGAAUCGACCGCAAACAUACUUUUGGUUUCAUUCUCUGUUGAGUUCAUGAUCCUUACCGAUCGGUCGCUAGUUCUGGUGCUUAGGUGCUCGGAUAAAUAAUUACCGCGUUAUAUUACACAAAAAACUCACUUCAGUUUGUGUGCAGUUCGUAAAUAUCACAAACAUGUCUGCGUCUUUGGUACGAACUGGAAUCGCACCUCUCGCUCGUACCUACGGGGAGCCGGUAGGCAAAAGCAUGUGUUUUUCGCGACCGAUAUUCGCGCUGGAUAAGAAGCAUAGCCGCCAUGCCGGCACAAAUACUACCAUCGGCGCAGGCGGUAAGUGCGUUAGCACUAUUUCGUCAUCCACGAACCAUAAACACCAGCUUCUGGGAACAGUUCAGCAGAUAGCAGCCACAGUGAACGGUUUAUCGGGUUUAUAUCGUCCCGUCAGCAGCUUCUCUUCCGGUGUCCUAAACGGUGCUACUAGAGCAGAAACUUUCAAGAUGUCCGCCAAUGCCAAACUGCUGCACGAAAACCUUUGGGAGUCCGAUCCCGAACUGAUGACCCUAAUCCGGAAGGAAAAGAAACGCCAAAUCCAAGGGCUGGAGAUGAUUGCUAGCGAAAACUUUACCUCGCUGUCGGUGUUGCAGUGUCUGAGUUCCUGUCUGCACAACAAGUACUCCGAGGGACUACCCGGACAGAGAUACUACGGUGGCAACGAAUACAUCGAUGAGAUCGAAAUCCUUGCACAGCAACGGUCCCUCGCAGCGUACCGGCUGGAUCCGGAGCAGUGGGGUUGUAAUGUUCAACCUUACUCCGGAUCGCCGGCAAACUUUGCCGUGUAUACCGGCCUUAUCGAACCACACGGUCGCAUCAUGGGACUGGACUUACCGGAUGGUGGCCAUUUGACGCACGGUUUCAUGACGGCCACCAAGAAAAUUUCCGCUACGGCUAUCUUUUUCGAACCGAUGCCGUACAAGGUCGAUCCAACAAGUGGACUGAUCGAUUAUGAUAAACUGGAGGAAAGUGCAAGAAACUUCAAACCGAAGAUCAUAAUCGCCGGUAUUUCGUGCUACUCGAGAUGUCUGGACUACAAACGCUUCCGGCAGAUUGCUGACGCGAACGGAGCUUAUCUGUUUGCGGAUAUGGCACAUAUUUCCGGGCUUGUAGCUGCCGGAGUUAUUCCGUCACCGUUCGAGUAUGCUGACGUAGUCAGCACGACUACGCACAAAUCUCUACGGGGUCCACGAGCCGGUGUCAUAUUCUAUCGGAAAGGUGUUCGCAGUGUGAAGGCGAACGGAGAUAAAGUUUUGUACGACAUCGAAUCUCGUAUCAAUCAGGCAGUGUUCCCAGGUCUGCAGGGUGGUCCACACAAUCAUGCCAUCGCUGGAAUUGCCACCUGUAUGCAGCAGGCCCAAACCCCCGAAUUUAAAGAAUAUCAGGUUCAGAUAAUCAAAAACGCACGUGCAUUGUGCGACGGUUUGCUCCAGAAAGGAUACAGCAUUUCUACCGGCGGAACCGAUGUCCAUCUGGUGUUGGUGGAUCUACGUCCCGUCGGAAUCACCGGUGCACGUGCCGAGUAUAUACUGGAAGAAAUCUCCAUCGCCUGUAAUAAGAACACCGUUCCGGGUGACAAGAGUGCACUAAACCCAUCCGGCAUUCGGCUGGGAACGCCGGCACUGACGACGCGAGGACUCGUCGAGUCGGAUAUGGCCAAGGUUGUUGAUUUCAUUGACCGUGGACUGAAACUAUCGAAGGAUAUUACGGCAGUUUCCGGACCGAAACUGGCGGACUUUAAGCGCGUACUGCACGAGGAUCCAGCUAUCAGCGCAAAGGUGCAGGCACUGAAGAAAGAAGUGCAGAGCUACAGCGAGAACUUCCCGAUGCCUGGGUAUGAGGACUAUUAGAGGGAUGUAAACGUCAGCAUUUAGAGUGUUGAAUUCGUGUUUCAAGUAUGUAAUUAUAACUUCAUUGAAACGAGCUUUUGCACGACUCUUUCCCUUUUUUAUUAUUUUUUUUCGAAGAAUUUUCCAAAAGUAGCCUGCAGGCGUGAGUUUUCGAACGGAAUAAUAAAUAUAUUCAUUCAAAUAA